AUGAAUGGAUCAAUAUCCAUUAUAUUACCCAUGCCAACAAUAAUCCUUCAAUUUCCUGUUGCUCAUCAACAAAAUAAUCAAUUCAAUAUUCCAUGUGUUCAUUGUGGACAAUACAAUCAAUUACAAACAAAUGAUAAGAAAGAAGAAAAGGACGAUGUGAUGCAUAUUAAAGAAGAAAAAUCUGAUAUUAAAGAAGAAAAACCUGAUAUUAAAGAAGACAAACUUAAUUUUGAUUUUAAAAUGGAUGAAUAUAUCUGCCAUAAAGAUCCAAAUCUUUAUACAAAUAUGUUUUCGCCUAUUUCAAUUGCAGAAUCGGAAGAUGUAGAAAAUAAACAAUUAUCUUUUUCCGAAGACCAGGACGUAAAUCUUGAUGUUAUUUUAAAAAAAUGCUUCAAUGAUAUUUCUGAAAUCGUGCAAUAUUUAAAAGAAGAUAUUAUAUUAAACAAUUAG